CUGGGCCGUGAGCGGCGGGGCCGGGCCAGGGGCCGGGCCAUGAGCGGCGGGGCCGCGCAGCGGCGGCGGCGCCUGGUGCUGCACGUGGACCUCAACAACACCGUGGUGGUGGCGGACACGGUGACCGGGCAGGGCCCGCGCGCGGCGCUCAACACCUUCCUCAGCACCGUCACCUGGGGCCGCGCCGGGGCCGCCGGCAAGUGGGAGUGGCUGAGCGACCGUCCGUCCCUGUGCCCGCCGUGCCCCGGCGCCCUCAGCUACUACAGCGCCCGCGGCCGGGACCCCUCCUUCACCGAGGCCGGGCCGGGUCGCCGCUUCCGCAGCCUCCACGCCCGCCACCUGCAGCUGCUGGAGUGGCCGGGCCGGCCGCACGACGCCUUGUCCGUGCCGGGAGAGCCCGGCGAGCGCUACCACCUGAUCCUGCCCUCCUUCUUCCGGCUCCUGGACACGCUGCACCGGAAUGGCCGGGCCUUCGCCGUGGUUUUCAGGACCUUCGGCACCGACCUGCCCCGUGCCCUGCAGGCUGUCAACAGUGCCCUGGACGGGCAGCACCCCCAGUUCCCCACCUUGCGGGACGUGGCGGUGAGUGGUGCCCCGAGGGUCCGGUGGGAUGGGGAAGGGCAGCCGAGUGGUCCCACAGAGACCCCCGUGCCAAGCUACUCUCCAGCCACUUGGCCAGACUGCUUUAAAAGCACCAGUUUCUUGGGAUGAGGCUGUCAGCUGUGGGGGAACACGUGUGUGUGCAAAUCCUGUGUGGGAAUGGUCUCCUCUAGGGGUAUCCCAGGUUGGACAGAGCAUCCCUUCUCCUGGGAAGUGGCUGCUGCAGCAGUGCAGGGCUCCCUGGCUCAGAGCUGAUUGCAGCUGUGCUCUCUGCCCUCCCCCUGGAAGCACACUGGGCAGGAGCACUGGG